UGAAAGCUUUAAAGAACCUUUGUUAGUUAGAAAUGGCUUUAAAGUAUGAAAAGUUAUUUAAACAAUUGUUUUGUGGAUUAUCCAAGCCGUUGCGAAUUAUUUUGUUUACUCGACCCCGCAAAUUAUUCUCACGCCGAUUCGUAUUAGCAUAGACCCAAAAUAUAGGCCCAUGUUUACUCAGUUAUACUGUAGACUAACUUUGAGGGGUAUAAAUAGUUCCAGCUUUGAACCAGAACAGCAUCAGUUGAUCCCAACCAACUAUCAAACCAAAGACAUGAAGUACACUUGCGCCUUGCUCCUUUUAGCCUCCGUGGCCUGUGUCCUGGUGAGCCUAUCGAGUGCAGCCAGUUCCACAACCACAACGGAAGCCUCUUCGGGAACCACCACCACGACAGCAGCAUCCUCUUCCUCUGACACCACCACCACCACGGCUUCCUCCUCGGACUCAACUACUACCACCACAGAGUCAUCAUCCUCGUCGGGCAAGAAGAAGCAUGUUGUCCACUAUAAAAGGAAGAUCCAUCGCCCCAAGAAGGUCAGGAAAAUCAAGAGGAACAGGAGUCGCAGGAACCGCAGUGGUUAAGCAGCAUUUCGAGGCCUUAGGAAUUGAUCCAACUCUUCAUCCUUUUGAUUUGCCACAUACCUGAAUACC